UCGUAAAGCUUAGUGUAGUGGCGCAUUUAUUCUGUCGGUCGGAUAGCUUGAUCAUUUACGAGAGUCAGAUGUAGCUCGAUCGAUUUCAGGAAACGGCGCAGAUAAAGGCAGUUGAACGAACAACGAAGAUCGAUUCACCCGGCGGUUAAACUGUGGGGUAACCGCUGCCAAUACUAGCUCUUUUAUCCAGUUUUAAAGUGUUAUACUUUCAGUGUUUUGUAUAUUUUCUAUUCGAGUUGAUAAUGCUGGAUGGUCGAACUGAUGAAGUUCACAAGAGACAUUUGCAGACUGCUGGGUAUUGGAGGCGAUGGGCCAGGUGAGCAGGAGGAGCGAGGAGGAGGAGCUCCAGGUCCAGCCGUGGGUGGAGAGGUCCUGAGUGGGGAGGAGGAGUUGAGUGAGGAGGAGAAGACCAGAAGGAGAGCAGAGAGACGCAGGGCUAAGAGAAAGAGACAGAAAGAACGAAAGAAACUGGAGAAGGAGGAGAAGAGCGCGGAUGCUGAGCAGGAGGGAGGAGUAGCGUCAGAGUCUGAGAGUGAAAGUGAAGAGGAGAAGGAAGAGGUAGAGAGGGUAGUACCUCCUGCCAAGAACAAGCCCACGCCUCCUCUCGCUGUGUCUGGGAACAAGAGCAACCGCCAGCCCCCUGUCAGGACCCCAGUGGAGGAGCCGGAGUGGGACGUCCGCAGUGCGUUUGUGGCCAACGCUGCCAGUCACAUCAGACCCAAAGCCAGGACCAGUGCAGGCCACGCCUCUAGAGAGAACAAGGAGAACGAGGCUAGGACCAGCGAGGUGGAGAGUUCAGCUCCUGUGAAGAGGAAGGGAGUCUCACUAACAGAGAAGGGUAUUCAGCUGUUUAAGAAGGGCCAGUACUCUCAGGCUGUGGACAUGUUCUCUGAGGCUAUCCACUGUGACCCCAAAGACCACAGGUUCUUUGGGAAUCGUUCAUACUGCUACUGGUGUCUGGAGCUCUACCCCUCUGCCCUGUCAGACGCUCAGAAGUCCAUCCAGCUGGCCCCUGAUUGGCCAAAGGGAUACUUCCGCAAGGGGAGUGCACUGAUGGGGUUGAAGCGGUAUGGUGAGGCAGAGAGGGCCAUGCAGCAGGUGUUGAAGCUGGAUCAGGACUGUGAGGAGGCCUCCAUUGAGCUCUUCAACUGCAAGGUCCUGCAGCUCAUGGAUCUGGGUUUUGAGGAGGGGCAGAGUGUGUUGCUGUUGGAGAAGUUUACCACGGUGCAGGCUGCUCUCGGCUCCCCUGAGGCUGUCAGAGUGGUGGACCUCUCCUCCCCUGAGGACUCUACUGGGCCCCCCUGUCCCUCUCUCUGGGUGGGGAACGUCACUGUGGACCUUACUGAGAAACACAUAUGGGACCUUUUCAAAACGUGUGGCGAGAUAGAGAGUAUCAGAGUUCUACAUGAGAGAUUCUGUGCCUUUGUCAACUUCAAGAAUGCCAACAUGGCCGCUCGCGCCUUGGAGAGGCUCCAGGGUGUGGAGCUGGAGAGCACCAGGCUGGUAAUCAGGUACCCAGACCGCUGGAUGCAGAGAACCCCUCCCUCUCCUCAGAGGACCAACCCUAUAGGCCUCAUCACCUCCUCAGCCUCCCAGUACGCCUCCACAGGGACCAGGAGGAUGGCUCCCAUCAACGGUGACGAGUGUUUCUUCUGGAGGACCACCGGCUGUUUCUAUGGUGACAAGUGUCGCUUCAAACACAAGCCUGACCAGAGAGGAAAAGACAGGAAACCAUGGCAACCCUGACCACCACGCAGCGACUGGAUAGUAGAGAGGGAGGAGAAUAAUGAGGAUGAGGGACUGUGUCCCUGCUUUAAAAGGGAACAGGAGGCUUGGGGGGGGGGGGGUGUCACCCCGUUUGUAGUCUUCUGGCACAGACCACAGAUCCCAGACAGAACACUACACAUAUAUAAUGACUGUGUGAAGUGUCAAUCAAAGUGAAGAGGUGUGCUCCUCUGAUUUCCUUCCCCCUCUCCCUCGGCCUGAGAAGUGAAACAUGUCAUCAUUGAUGUCAGAUGAUGGAGAUGAUGUCAUCAUUAGAACUUGAAGGGAUCUUUGCCCAGUGAACCUCCUCUAUGAUGACCAUGUUGUAAACACUAAGGGGGCUGACAUCUGUUGUUAUCAUGUGUUUUACUGUGCAUGUAUGUAUGGUCAUGUGACUGGACAUGUGACCUGAAUCUCUGACCCCUUGUGAUGUCACUUUGAGACUCACUGCCAGCCUGAUGCCAUAGGGUGCCUAGUAAUUGCCCCGACAUGGGAUAAAUAAAUAAAGCUUUUUAAUUGAAUAUGGGGCAUGUUCCAGGCACACUAAAUUGCAGUCACCUGCCUUCUCUCACAACACCUGGAUAGGUGUUUGUUUAAGAUGUCAGCUAACCCAAUCAUGUUAUAGCAAACUGAUGCACGACUGCACAGUCCGUGGCGUGGCACACAACCAUGAGUCAGCCUGGAACGUCACCAGUGUCCAUGGGGUGUUCUAACAUCCACACUAGACCACCUUAAAUGAAACAAGUAGUGUGCUACUGUGGAUAUUGGAACAAGACCCAUAACACCUUCCAAAUAUUGAGUUGCGCCACCCCCUUUUGCCCUCAGAAAAGCCUCAAUUCGUCGGGGCAUGGACUCUACAAGGUGUCGAAAGCGUUCCACAGGGAUUCUGGCCCAUGUUGACUCCAAUGCUUCCUACAGUUGUGUCAAGUUUGCUGGAUGUCCUUUUGGUGGUGGACCAUUCUCGAUACAAGCGGGAAACUGUUGAGCAUGAAAAACCCAGCAGCAUUGUAGUUCUUGACACACUCAAAGCAGUGCGCCUGGCGCCUAAUACUGUACCCCAUUCAAAGGCACUUAAAUCUUUUAUCUUGCCCAUUCACCCUCUGAAUAGGCAUACAUACACAACCCAUGCCUCAAGGCUUAAAAAUCCUUCUUUAACCUGUUCCUCCCCUUCAUCUACACUGAUUGAAGUGGAUUUAACAAGUGACAUCAAUAAGGGAUCAAAGCUUUUACCUGGUCAGUUAGUGUCACGGAAAUAGCAGGUGUUCCUAAUAUUUGUACACUCAGUGUCUGUUCAGUGGACUAAUACAUGUCUGUUCAGUGGACUAAUACAUGUCUGUUCAGUGGACUAAUACAUGUCUGUUCAGUGGACUAAUACAUGUCUGUUCAGUGGACUAAUACAUGUAUGUUCAGUGACCUAAUACAUGUAUGUUCAGUGGACUAAUACAUGUAUGUUCAGUGGACUAAUACAAUUGAAGUUGACUAAAGUGACAAUAUGAGGAGUACAGAAUGACUGUUUGAGAGCAUCAAUGUAAAAUGACAAUCUGUCUGUAUCCUCUCAGCAUGUGGGGGAGCUGGGUGUACAAAUGACUGUUUUAUUAUGUCAAUCAGUUGUAUUAAUUCAUAAUAAAAUACAGUUUUAUCAAAUCA